AUGAAACAGAGACAGCAAAAAAGUGGCAAUAAUGUAAGAUUCGAAACGGUGUAUAUUGAGAUAAAUCUAUCGAUGUUGAAUGGGUUUUUUAUAGGGCGGGUUUUUAUUUAUGAUAUAGAUAAUAUAUAUCGUGGAGAUUCUGAUUGGAAUUUACAAAUAAAAGGGAAUAAAAAUGCCAAAAAUACAAAGAAUUAG